AUGGCGGACGCCACGCUUCCCCUUGAACCUACAGACCCACAGUAUGGGACCCGGCAAAGACUGGAAGCACUCUUCGACACUUUCUGGCACAAGCUGGAGGCUAAAAUGAAACAGACGGCCUCACCACAAAUAAGCGAGAGGCGUAAAAGCAGCAAGCAUGGCGCUACCAAGAGGGCCGCCGAGCCACAACCCAAACCGAGCAACUCGGGCCUACCAGCGCAAACCCUGAGAGAGGUCUGUAAACCCAAACCAAAAACCAAACCAGCAGCGCCCAUCAAAAAGGCGUACAAAGCUGCCGCCCUGACUACCCGGCAUUCUUCUGGGCUGGGAGCCCAUCAGGGGCUUACCCCAUGCCGUCCAUACACCCAUGGGGACACCCGGGACAGGGAGAACCCGCGGGCCCCCGAGCCAACCACCAUGUCUGGAAGGCUCCAUGGUCACAAGGCAGGGACUCUCGCUAAGGCCCGGAGCCAGAGACUGGGGAAAUCGAGCCGCAGCCGGAACGCCCGAACAGUAUGGCGAGUCCACUACCACACGCGCAUACAGACCCCAGCCAGGAGAAGCAAUACUGACCUGUGGACAUUGCCUCUGAGCACCACUUAUGACCUGUGCACCACCCACGCUUCACUUGCAGGCACCAGGAACAUACAGACUAUGGGAGUCGGCUGA